CCUGAAGGUCUCAUCCAACCCUAAUGAGUCUCUGGGUCUAUUUAGGGCAAUAGUGGGGUGGAUUGGGGUCGGGCUGGGGGUCUCAGCGAUCUCAUCCAACCGCACCAAUCCCAAGACGCUCUGAAAACCCCUGGAGCCAGUGUCCCCCCACUCCUGUCCCACUGCUGUGGGCUCUGCAUCCCGCGCUGCCCCACAGGUGCUGUGGCCGUACCUCCUGGAGUUCGUCACCCCUGUGCAGUUCACCAACGCGCUGACUCCCAUCUGCAAGAGCCUCAUGCAUUUGUCCGCGAAGAAGCAAGAGGAGGGAGGGAACGCGUCCCUGAUCCCGUACGACCUCAACGGAAAUCUUCCUUCGCCCCAUGCCUUAACGACACGGCUGCUGGUGGUGUCCUCGCGACCCUACACCGGGGACGGUCGUGGCGCAGCAGCCCUGCGGCUCCUGCACGCGUUGCGCUGCAGCGUCCACCCCACGCUAGAGCAGCUCUGGAGCAAGAGGGUUCCUCUGCUGGUGGAGCACAUCGAGGAGAACAACGAGAAGUCGCUGCGCCCGGAGGAGUGGGAAGAGGAGCUGCUGCUGGUGGGUGCUUCCACGCUGCUGGAGGUGGGAGGGUGAAGUGGGGGCGGAUCCGGCACUCGGGAUCCGUGUACUGGGUUGGGGCUGGACCAGUCCCACGGGUGUCUGCUGCUUAAUUGGAGAGCCUUAAAAUAGGGCACGGAGAGGUAAUUAACCCUGAGUGGAGCUCGUGCUGCUCUGCUGAUGGUGCCGGAUUGACUCGGGGCAGUUUCUCAUGGAAGAGAGGGAAAAGGGCACGAUUCCGUGCUGGGAGCAGGGGGCAUGCAGCAAGAGCGAUGGGCGGAGAAGAACAUCAUGAAGUUCACCAUGGGGCGGGUGGAGGGUCCUGCAUCUGGGGGAGGAAUGACCGCAGAA